GGGCGUCUCUACAGAUGUGAGGCUUGGGACUCUCGUAGGCCCUACAUAAACACCACCUUGGCAGAUCCUGCAGGUGGUGCAGCAGGGGGCCUCCCUGAGGGCCUGGCUGGGACCUCUGCCACGGGGGGGUGUCUGUGAAUCGGGCCUUCCCGAGGGGAGGGGCCCCAUGGCUCAGGAGUGUUUGGCAGACAUGGCCACCCUGGGCACUCAGGUGGCAGGAUCCUGUUCCUACAGGAGGCGGGACUUCCUCUUACACCCACAAUACAAAGGUAUGUGAACCCUGGGUAUUCUGCCAGAAGAGGUAAGGACUUGCUGUAUUGUCAUCAGGGCUGGAGGUGGGACUUCCUGUAUUGCUAUCCAGGCAGGCCUUGGGACUUUAUUACCUAUGCAGGAGGAGGCGGGACUUCCUGUAUUGCCACAGGGGCAGGAGGUGGGACCUCCUCUGCCCACAGACUGUUCCUCCCAGGAGAAGCCGUCCCCCAUGUACGCCGAAGCCUCCACCAUGAACUUCCGGACCCCCGGCUUCUUCCGGCGCAGCCCCCCCCCCGCGGCGAAGCUGGCCCCCGGGGCGCCCCCGGCCUCGGCGCUGGGGGGCAUCGCCCAGAUCUCGCCCUGCCUCUACCUGUGCAGCGGCAACGCGGCCGCCAACCGGCACCUGGUGUCCGCCCGGGCCGUGACCUGCGUGGUGAACGCCACCAUGGAGAUCCCCAACGCCAACUGGCCCGACAUCGACUACGUCAAGGUGCCGGUGCCCGACCUGCCCCACGCGCCCCUGGCCCUCUACUUCGACUCGGUGGCCGACCGCAUCCACCAGACGGGCAAGCGCAACGGGCGCACCCUGGUGCACUGCGUGGCGGGCGUGAGCCGCUCGGCCUCGCUCUGCAUCGCCUACCUCAUGAAGUACCAUCGGCUCAGCCUGCUGGACGCCCACCAGUGGGUCAAGAGCCGGCGGCCCGUGGUGCGGCCCAACGUGGGCUUCUGGCGCCAGCUCAUCGACUACGAGCGCCGGCUCUUCGGCAAGAACACGGUGCGCAUGGUGCCCUCGCCCCUCGGCCCCGUGCCCGACGUCUACGAGAAGGAGACCCGCGGCCUGGUGCCCCUCUGGAGCUACAGAUAGGCGGGGCCGGCGCGGUCCCACCGUGGGGGGUCGUGUAGCUGUCCCGGCGCGGGGCAGAUUCCAGCCGGACUUGCCCCCAGCCUUUCUCGGAGCCACCCCGGCAGGGGGCAGACAUGCGUGUAACCGCCCCGGCAGGGGGCAGACUGAACACUGGGGCGCACCAGUGACUGUAUUUGCCCCUGGAGGAGGAAUUUGGGGGCAGCUGCCCCACCCUGGGACUGGCUCGGUGGGGGGGAGGCAGAGGUUGUCCCACAAAAGGGCAUUUUCUAACCUCAGAGAAUUGGGGGGGACGGGACGGGGGGCUGGCAGAGUCUGAUGCUGUUGAGGGGGGGAGAAGAGUCAUUGAGCAUAAAAGCCCCCGGCCCCCACAUUGUGUGACUCUUCCCCUAAGCGGCCAUUUUUGUAGGGCCUACCACAAACACCCUACUAACCGCCUUCCAAUUCACCCCCCCAAAAACAAUUUCUCUGCCCCCCAGAGAGAUGAGAUCUCAGCUACUGCCCCCCAGUGGGGGGCAUAAGUGGGAGGGGGCAAAGUGGGGGGGAUCUGCUCUCAGCCUGUCUUCCGCUAGCCCUGUACAUAGCGCCAGAGCUCGAGCUCCACACCCGCUCCCCGAGCGCAGCCCCUACUCAGUAAACCCACCUCUUCCAUUACGCCGAGCGCGUCAGCGAGGGGGGGGGCUCCGAGGCACUGGCCGCAGUGGGGAGGUUUGGGGGGGCUCUGGCUGCAGUAAGGGGUUCAGGGAGGU